AUGGCGGCUUCCAGCGGUGGCUACGCCGCCUUCGAUCGCGAGAGCUACAGGGCUGAGAUUGUAAGCAUACGUCAAGAGUCGACCCAUGUGAAGUAUUGCAUCGAGUUGCGCUUCGGGGAGGAGCGAUGGCAGGUGGAUCGGCGCUUCCGUGAUCUCUUUCAGCUGCACCAGCUGCUCCGGUCCUCGAGCCUCUUUGCCGAUGGCACGGGCCGGUUUCCUGGCCUGCCGAGCCGCAGGGCUUAUGGCUUGGGAAAGUGGAUCUUUGGGAAGGAAGAUGACCGAUUCAUCGCAGAAAGGCAGAGGGAGUUUCAGCAAUACUUGGAUGCUUUGAUAUGUUUGGAUCCCACUUUGUCACAUGGUGCGCUUCGAUUAUUUCUGGGACUUCCGGCGUUGCCAUCGAGCAUCAGCUUGGAAAGGGCGCUGGACUUUCACAUACCAGAAGUGAGCUGGAAGACGCCUAGCAAGGUGGACUUGAGACUCUUGCGCAGCCUGGUGAACCGGACCAUCUCGCCUGAGAUGAGAGCUCGCUUGGCUGAGAUCCCGCUCUGCGUCGUGGAGCUGCCGGGUGUGUCGCGACAGAUUUCCCAGGCCGUCGGCUUCGUGGGAAGCCGCAGCUUCCGUGCGGCCUCGCGCUCCGUGGCGCAGACCAUCCAGCAGACCUUGCCUGGCCUGCUUUGGUGCUCAAAGAUCUAUGUGUUGAGCGCGUGGAACGGCCGCCCUGAAGCUUUGUCCAUCUUCUGCCCAUCCAGCAGCCGCUUCGAGAAGGUGCCCUUGUUGAAGCACUUGGAUCCCUACUAUGCAGUUGCUUCAAGAGCUGGCAACUUGUACGUCCUGAUGUCUGGUGAGGAUCCUGUCAAAGCUGGGAUUGAGUGGCGCUCGUCAUUCCAUUGUUGGCAGCCAGCGCACGGACAGUGGCGGCGCUUGCCAUCUCGUCCGGGUGAGGAAACCACACGCUUUGCCCUGACAGCAGCAGGCUCAGCAGUGUAUGCCCUGGGAGGCAUUGGGCGCCGUGGCUGCUCCGCGGCCACGGACCGCUUCGACCUCCACCGCGCGCGCUGGGAGGCGCUGCCGCCGCUGGCGUCGCCGCGCUGCGACGCGGCCGCGGUGGCCAAGGGCUCGGUGGUCUUCCUCCUGGGUGGCACCGACCGACUUGGGGAAGCCUGUGCGGAUGUGGAGUCUCUGGAUGUUUGGAGCAAAGCCUGGCGUACUGGGCCAUCCCUCUUGGGUCCUCGGCACAGUGGAACCGCCACGAGCACCUCUGACUGCUUGGUCCUCUUUGGUGGCUCUGCAGUUGCAAGGGGCCAUCUCUUGGCGGACGCCGUGUCUCCUCCGGAGCCCGAGUGUCUCAGCCACCGCUGGGACUUCUGGGCCGCGCUGCCGGCGCCGCCGCGCCUCGCGCGGCACGGCUGCGCCGCGGCGGCCGUGGCCGGGAAGGUCUACGUCUUCGGUGGCUAUGAAGCUGAGAUGGCUCACGUCGAUCGAUAUGACACUGAGAGCUUGACAUGGGACACAGUGGACCUGCCGUCGGAGCUUCAGGGUGUUUGCGUGGCAACAGAAUUGUUUGAAGGGAUCUUGGCGGCCACAGGCCAAGCCUCGCGCUGCCAAACAGUACGGUGGGAAAAACGGACGUGCCCUCGGCUGUGGGAUGCGGCGCUCUCGGCCGUGGCCGCGCGUGGCAAUUUCGGGGAGUUGGAGUGGACGUCUCAAGCGGUGCCCAAACAGUUCAGUGGCACCUCGAUUGCCUCUCGGAGCUCGGACGACGCGGAGCAGCGCUACUUCAUUUAUCGCUAUGUCUACGAGAUGGGCAAGAUUUUGAACGCUGAUCCUACACGGAUUCAGGUGGCUUCUCUCUCCAAUGGAUCAGUGGUGGUGAACACCGUUUUCAAGGUGGUUGGCACUUGGAAUGAUAUCAAGUCCACCGAUGAACGUUCACCUUGGGGUCUCAUUUCCCUCUUGAAAGCUCUGCAAGCGGACACAAGCUCUCAGCUCUAUCAGAGUCCAUUCUUCAAGUUCGUCGACCGCGCAGCAAUGUCGGAGCCCAUUCCAGUCCGUCAGUGUAGCGAUGGAGUCUAUCGUGUCUUCUGCCCAUACAACGGUGGCAUCAUGAGCACCGGCGAGGCGCUCGGCAUCCUGUUCUUGGGCAUCGCCAUCGUGCCGGUGGCACUAUCAUGCCUCUGCUGCACUUUUUGGCACAUUGACAUGGACAAGUCCAGUUCCAUGGACGUCGAAGACGUGCUGGAAAAGAUGCAGCAUGACCCCAGUCAAGUGGAUGCCAAGCUGCAAAUCGAGUAUGCUUGCUCAUGGUUGGAGGGCCGAUUCAUGGGUGAGGAUUGGCAGAAGCAGCGACAAAUCAUCGCCAGCGUACUCUUAAACACGCCCCAAGUUGGCUGCAAAGACAAGAGGCUGAGCGGUUUCACGGAAAAGUCUCGGAGGGGCGGUCACGGAGUCUUAGAAGGCCAAAUCGAGGUGCCAUUCUGGACGGGUCGCUUGGAGGGCAUGUCGAAGGCCGAAGGCCGCCGCUCACAAGUCUCCCUGCGUGAGAUCGCUUGGUCCUUCGCGGUGUCCACCCAGGAGGCCUCGCGGAUUCUGCAGCGCGCGCGGACUGACGGUGACGGUCCCACCGGGUCCGACCGCGAGGCGCGGACCGGCGCGGUCCAAGCGGGUCCGUCGCCGGACUCGCGGCGCUUGGACUACGUGAUCUCCCGGACGACGGACGACGCACGCGGUCCGACGCGCGAGUUUCGGCUCUCGGGCGACGGAGAGGAUGAACGACGAGCAGAGCCGACCAGUUCGGCUGCGCCGUGCAGGGAGAUCUUUGCGUUGCGAAAGGCUUCGGUUCGCAGUGAGGAUGCCAUAGCAAUGCAGUGGCAUGCAGAGCUGGAGAGUUGCUGGGAAGCUUUGAAAGCACCUAGAUCGCCAGCUGUCCUUGACGAGGUGGAAGAGGCAGAGGGCAGAGGGCAGCUUUCUCUUCGGGGCCCCAAGCGUGCAACAGUGGUGGAUUUGGAAGAGGACGGUCCGGAAUGCUUUCUGCUGGACUAG